UGUAAUCAACAGUUCUCGUUAAAACAGUUCGGCAGUAUGAGCGAAACAAUUUCUCGUGUUCGUCAGUUGACGGAAAAGGGUGCGAAGAUGGAAGGUUGGGAUGACUGUUGGAAAGCCGGUUUGACCCCUUGGGAUAGAGGUUCGUCUUUACCAGUUUUAUGUGAACUUUGCAAGGAGGACGCUUUACCAAAGGGAUAUGCGCUUGUGCCUGGUUGCGGUCGUGGCUAUGACGUUUUGACGCUUGCAUCGGAAUCUAGAGUUGCUAUCGGUUUGGACUGUAGCGAGGAAGCUAAGAAACAGGCAGAGCAACUGAGGGAUUCUAGAGGAAUAUCGAGUGAAAGAGCGCAAUUUGUGAUUGGGAACUUUUUUGACUUUCCUUUUAGUCAGAAGUUUGAUCUUGUUUAUGACUUGACAUUUUUCUGUGCAUUGCCUCCUGAAAGUAGAAGCUCGUGGGCAACUCGUAUGAAGGAUAUCAUUCAAGUCGGUGGAGAGUUAGUAACUGUGAUUUUUCCUAUCGGUGACUAUGAAGGUGGACCGCCUUAUGCCAUGAGUCUGGAUCUUUAUAGGCAAUAUCUAGAGCCACUUGGUUUCGAAAGUUUUUAUAUGAAGAAUAUAAGUGAUCAACUCCCACCUAGUUCGAUAUUUGUCCGUUGGAAACUCUGUCAUUUGAAAUAAUAUUUAGACAAAUGCUUUAUAUUGAAGUAAAGG